AUGACGCCGGAGAGGGCGAUCACCUUCACUAAAAUCUGCGUGUCCAUAAAUUACUAUUGGCCACUGAGCUCAGGGACAAGCAAACUGAAGAUGUUCUUCUUCAAUGUUUUGAAAGUUUUUGCUGUGCUUUGCACGAUCACUGUAUUUCUGCCGUUGGUAUACUCCGCGUACCUGCAUUUUCAACAGCCUGCCAUUUCUUCUAAAUCGGCCAUCAUGGCAUUCGCUUGUCUUCAUGUCAUUGGUCAGGCAAUCGACAGUUAUAUUCGACAUGACCUGCAGCAGCGUCUGAUCGAGGAGAUGGUCGCCUACUGUCAGAACAUGGAAGCAUACCAAAGAAACAUUCUCCAGGAAUACAUCGACAGGUUUUCACCGUUCUAUAAAGGGGCAACGUUCUGGAACACGGUAUCGUCAUUCGGGAUGAUUCUAGGUGCUCUGUUCCUACCACAGCCGUACCCGCUGGCCGCCGAGUACCCGUUCCCCGUUAAUUAUGAACCCGUCAAGUCUUUACUCUAUUUGCAUCAGUCUUACGUCUGUCUUCUGUGCAUGUCCACUCUCCACUCGAACUUGAUCGUAGCGCUGCUGACCCUAUUCGCGUCAGCGAGGUUCGAAAUCUUGAUGAUAGAUCUGCGCGCGGCUGUCACUGUCACAGACUUGAACAACUGUAUGAAACAGUAUUACGCUGUCAGAAAAUAUGCAGAAGAUGUCGUCGAAGGUGUACAAUACAUAGCGAUACUUACGUUAGCCACUAGCGUCUUCAAUAUUGUCCUCUGCGGACUUAACAUCAUCGGACGACAACCAACUGUGGUAAAAGUUCAAUUUCUCUUUCUGGUUGGAACGGCGUUGCUGAUAGUUUUCAUGUGUGCUUGGCCAGCUCACAAUCUAAUGGAAGUGAGCGAGAACACUAUUUACUCUGUGUUCGACUCAAUAUGGUACGAGCAAAUCGUAAGAAUGCAGAAGACGGUAUUGCAAAUGUUGGUGCCUCAAACGCCUAUAGUCAUCAGUAUGAGAGGCGUAAUGACAGCGUUUUCCUUGACCUAUUACAGCACGUAUGUUUCAAACGGUUUCUCUUUAUUUACUACUUUGCGCAUCGUGAUGGAAACAGACGACGAUAUAGAAACGAUGAAAACAUUUAACGGCACUUGUUGCAACUAA